AUGAAGGAAUCCCAAAGUCUUGGUCAACUCUUUUCGGGAGAUCACAUCUCGAAGUCUCUGUUAAAAGGUGCUGGCCUUCAAAAAUUCCAUCACCCUGCUUCUUUUGCUCGAAGAGAGAUCAUGUCCAUCUCAGGAAUCCAAGGACUGCCUCUGGAGGUCACUGUCGUCGGAUGCGUAAAUUUGAAGGACACGGAAUGGAUCUCCAGGCAAGACCCUUACGUUCGCGUCGAGUACGCCAGCUCCAAAUUCCGAACCAAAACAUGCACAGACGGUGGCAGGAAUCCAAUCUUCCAGGAGAAAUUUGUGCUCGCCCUCAUUGAAGGCCUGAGGGAAUUGAAUGUUAUGGUUUGGAAUAGCAACACUCUCUCUGCUGAUGACUUCAUUGGCAGUGGAAGGAUUCAAUUGUACAAGGUUCUGUCUCAAGGUUAUGAUGACACUGCAUGGCCAGUUCAGGACAAAUGUGGCAGGUACUCCGGCGAAGUGAGGCUCAUAUUGUACAGUUCUGCUACUCCUCAAUCGAAGCCGAAAGCCCAAUCAUUGGCUCCGCCGUGCGGAAUUCUGGAGCCAACCAUGCCCGGCAUCCUGCCUUACACCCAAACAACCGCAUCUCCUUAUCCGACCCCAUCACCAUAUGCUGCGGCGCUGGCAUAUCCUCCUGCAUCAACCGCAUACCCGCCAUGUGCAUACCCUCCCCCACCUACUUACUCGGCAUAUCCUCCUACUUCAAGCACGUAUCCACCACCUCCUGCCUACCCUCCUCCGCCUGCCGGUUAUCCCGCUUGCACUCCUGCAGGUUAUCCUCCACAGUAUCCGCCUCCAGCUUCGAGCUGUUACCCUCCAGGUCCAACAACAGCUGGAAUCUACCCGCCUCCGCCCUACUGACCAGCAAAUGGUCAACUCAGCUCAAAGAAAAGCUCGCAAUCACGCAACAACAAGCUGCGUUAAAUUCUUGGAAGAACAUCAACGAUUUGCGUUUUCCUCUCUUUUAUUCUACUUUCUUUCCCUUCUGUUUUGGCAAUUCAACUCAGCUUCUGUGACAUGAUCAUCAAAUCUGUUCCCGCGGGCCAAGCAUUACUAUGUUCUCUUUUGAAUCUUUUUGUCAAUCACAAAAUCCCAUGUUAGUUUGCUGCAGCAGAAUGAACUUCUAAAUGGUCGGAAACUAAGAAGCUUUGAGGUGACCGAGAAAAUCGGGAAAAUUCCGA